AUACCGGAAACGCUACUUUACCCCGCGAAACUGUCCACAAGUAAACAAAGACAAGAAAAUGCCCAAAAGAAGAAACCCGUUUGGUGAAGGAUCACCCCUUCAGCUAAAAUCUCACAUUGGCAAUAAGGAAUUAAACGCUGGAGUUAGCGGAGAGCAGAAUCUUAAAGCUGUGUAUGAGAGGACAAAAAAUAUGCUUUUCAAUGGGGUUCAGACAUUGUACCAUUCUGACACAGUGACCGCUGAUGCCAAUUGUAAUCUGCCAUUUAUCACCAACUACAAUACAAUGGAUGCCACAUCCCAGGUUCCUGGUCAGCUGGUUAUAGACCAUGAGGGUCAACUGACCGUUCCAUCAGCAUUGAAUAGGGCCCAAAAUGAAGACAUGGAAACCAGCCAGCCAACAGCAUUUGGACUAAACAACAGUUCCGGUACAUUUGAUUUUUCAAAGGGUAAAAAGCCAGUAGAAAGAAGGCGGCUUCCCUCAGAUGAACGAUGUAACUUCUGUGAGAAAGCUCUGAGUAAUGAGCAGUCCUUACAGUGCUGUAACUGUCAGAGAAACUUCUGUCAGCUUUGUUCUGUCCUAAAUUAUGAUGAAAGUUUUGAGAGAGUUUUCUGCUUGGGAUGUUCAGCAUAGAUAGAGGCUUCUCUGGAUGGCUUUACAUGAAUUCCAUUAGACCUCAGUACUCCAUUGAUCUUCCAAGUUUUACAAUAUGCAGAAUUUAUACUGAUGCAACAAUGUUACAGUUUUCUACACAAUAAUUUGACAAUGUAGAAAGACCCCUCAAUAUAACAGUAACUCACUGUUUGGCGUGACUCAACUCGUUGAAUUGUGUAUCAAGUGACGCAUCGAUGGAAAAGCAAACGUUGAAAUUACAUUUGUACUUGAAAGGAUUGUAUAUUAUUUUUGAAUAAGAAGUACAUGUAUGCAUACCUGUAUACAUGUUGUGUGUUUUCUUGAUGAAAAAUUUUUCUUGAAAAACAGCAGUGCGUUGUGCCAUGCAACAGUAGUUGUCAGUGACUUUUUUCUGUUAGUUUUUUUGCUGGAUUUGUGAGAAAUCUGGAGAAGCUGAUCUUCAGUUAGACCUUAUUCUUUUAAAAUGAAGAUUUUGCUUUCAUUCUUUGAAUCAUUUUGCUAUUAUUGUAAAAGUGAAUAUUUAUAUGUGGAUAAAAUUUUGUAGUUCCAUUGAACAACAUUUUAUUACGGAGGUUAUGCUUGUGAAUUGAAUUUGCAAAAUAUAAGUUGGUUUGUAUAAUAGUAUGAAAGGAUUCAAGUGAUGGUAAAUUUUGGAACCUUACUAAUUGCAGAAUUUGCCUAAAAAUUCGCCAUACAAAUAUUUACAGUAAGACAUAUGACAAGAUUGCUUUGCAUUACAAGGGAUUUCCAUUGGAGUUUUACCAUGUAUUUCAUAAGUUUUGGUUGUAUUUACAAGUAAUUUGUAAAAUUGUUAGCUGAAGAAUUCUGUCAUGUACACUUGCCUUUACAAGUAAAAAUAAAAAGUGCUAACAUUAACCCAUGUAGACCUGUUCCCAGUACUGAGCAACUAAUAACCAAACUAUCAAAAAAUGACUUUUAUAGGUACAGUUCAUCACCACAGUCAAAAAAGCUUUAAUAUUAAUUGUAUAAAAUUUAUUUUAUUUUAUGUAAUUAUUGCCUAGAAAACAAAGUGAGACAUCCACGGCUUUAAGUUUUACAAGAGAAUCAUCAUAAUACCCACUGUGUUAGCUAGUGCUACUGUUUGUUUAUUUAAAUCGAUUCAAUUAUGUAUAUAUUUUUUCAAUAAAUUGUUUAUAUAUUUUGUAGAAUUUAUUAUGCAGAGUGUAAUUUAACUUUAAAAAUUAUGCAAAAUGUGCAGCCUUUUUUUUUUUUUGAUAGUAUAAUUGAGGAAUGCAAAAGUCAUGUUAAAUAUUUUUAAGAUUUUAUUGUACAUGUACAGUAUAUUUUGAAUUGAUUAUACAUGUCAUUGUGUAUCUAUAAAAGUAGAUCGAUUUGUCAUAUUUAGAAUAAUUAUACAUGCUCUUCUGUAUAAAUCACAUCGUAUAAUCAUUUUAUUAUACGAUUAUGGUAACUAUUACUGAAUUUGUACUAUGUAGCAGUGCUGUAGAAGGUGUGUUGUGAAAAUAAUGGAGGGUUAGUAAUAAUCAGACUUUACAUUCAUACAUGUCGGAUAUAAAUACAGAGAGGACUUAUAUAGGCAGUGGCUGCUGUCCAAUCCUGUUAUGUUUGUUCAUAAUAAAAUAUUGUUUAAAUUAAAUACUGUUAAGAAAUCUUUGUAUUAAAGCUAUCUAUAAUUUUUGAAUUUAUGUGCAAUGACUUGUUUGUAACUCUUUAUUGAUACGGCACUUUAAAGUAUCUUAAUUACAAUAAUGUAUGAAGCUCUUAGAGAAAUGCCAAAUUCUGACUUCCUAAAGCAAUUAACAUUGUAGGCUGCAUAGGCUUGUUUAACUCUGUUUGAUAUCCUCCUUUUCUGUUGACCGAUGUUUCUCACAUUUGUAUUAAACAUUUCUACUAGAGAAAAAACACAUUUGAAAUAAAAAUAGCCAAAAACUGAA